GUCAAAAUCGUUUACGUUUGACAUUUUCAUAGUCAUCGCGUCCCGCAGGAAAAAAAUUAAUUUCUAUUUUCUCAACGAGCUUACUGUAGAAAUAUUACUAAAUAACCAUGUUUAGAAACCAGUAUGACAGUGACGUCACAGUGUGGAGCCCCCAGGGCCGGCUCCACCAGGUCGAGUACGCCAUGGAAGCGGUGAAGCUGGGCUCCGCGACCAUCGGCUUGAAGAACAAACAGUUUGCGGUGCUGAUCGCACUGAAACGGGCGGUCAGUGAGCUGUCCGCGUACCAGAAGAAGAUUAUUCCUAUUGAUGAUCAUAUUGGCAUUUCCAUUUCUGGGCUGACCGCUGAUGCAAGGAUGUUGAGUCGUUUCAUGCGCACUGAGUGCCUGAACCACAAGUACGCUCACGAUGCUCCGAUGCCCGUUGGUCGCUUGAUCGGCCUAGUUGGUAACAAGAUGCAGAUUUGCACCCAGAGAUAUGACAAGAGGCCCCUUGGCGUGGGAUUGCUUGUCGCAGGUUACGAUGAUCAAGGCCCUCACAUCUACCAGACGUGCCCAUCAGCCAACUACUUCGACUGCCGGGCCAUGGCCAUCGGUGCCCGCUCCCAGUCUGCCCGGACCUACCUAGAGAAGCAUCUCGCUUCGUUCCAAGACUGCGACCUGCAGGAGCUGGUCGCUCACGGUCUGAGGGCCUUGAGGGAUACACUGCCAAAUGAAGUUGAUUUGAAUAACAAGAACGUGUCAAUCGCGAUCGUGGGCCCCAAGACCCCGCUACGCAUAGCCGACGAAGCUGAACUAGGGCGGUUCUUAGCUCUGGUGGAGGGUGAGGAGCGGCGUGGGGGCGGCAGCGCCACCGGGGACGCGGCCGCGCCCGACCAGGCGCCGGGGGACGAGCGGGACCCGCGGGACCCGCGGGACCCGCAGGUCGCGGUGGCGAUGGACACGGAGUAACCGGUGAGCGUCUCCAAGCCCCGAAUUCCGAAGACACCUCGGAAGACCAGCAACGGUCAUCAGGAAUGACGUCAUGGUGUUUCGCGGAGCGGGUGUUUUUACCUUUCUUUUCGUUUCACGGCAAAGAACCGCCUUGGCCAGUGUUUAGGUUGUUAAUAGGUGCUGUAUGAGUGUAGGUACUAGCUCUUUCCCGCGGCUUUGCCCGCAAUUUCAGCCUGUCACACAAAGUCUAUUCUGCGCGAAUCCCCCUUCCAAAACUCCCAUACUAUCCUUUGUUAUUUCUAACUAUCUAAACCAAAUUUCAUAAAAAUCGAUUGACCAAGUGUGAAAGAUUCUAAAAUCCAUCCAUCCUAACAAACUUUCACAUUUUAUCAAAUUAGGAUUAAAUAUCCAGAUUAUCAAAUGUGUGAUUGUGAAAUGUUAACUUUUUCAGAAAGGCCCGUGUAUGCCGUAGCUUGAGCCUUUAUUUUAUUAAGCUCCAUCUAGCGCUAAAUAAAAGAACUAUUUUGUCUAUAGACCAGUGUUAAUGAUGAUAUCUCUUUCACACUGUUAACUUUUUCGUUUCAUGAUCUUUUGAGUGUAGAUCCAUUCUUAAAUGUAGUUUAAACUAGCUAACCCUGCGAACUCUGUACCGUUUUGGAUAGUCCUAUGUUAAUCCACGGUGUGCUCUCCUCGUACCAAAUUUCAUCAAAAUCGGUCCAGCCGUUCUCGUGUUGUAAGUUGAACAAACCCGGCUAUGUUUUUAAAUUAAGAAAUUACGGAACAUAAAUGUGUAAAAAGUUUCGUAAAAUAAUCAGUAUUUAUUGAAAUUAUUAAUAUACUUUGUAUAGCAGCAGAAUAAUCUACGCACUGGCCAAGGCAGAAAAAAGGUGUAAUCAGCAUUUUUAUUAUUUUCAGUAUAAUUUUAUCUUCAAUAAAACAAGGUGUUUCUUUAUAA